AUCUGUUACACUCCAUCCGAUCACAGGAAUAUUCUUAAACCCAGGGGAUCGGUUUUGAACAAAUAUCAGAUGUUUUUCUGUUCUACUGCCUCUUAACUAGCAGGGGUGCUCUGUCAAGUCGGCGGAGUUCUUCGACAUGCUGGAAAGGAUGCAGGUAAGACUCCUUCCAUCAUUCAGAUGAUCUUAUAAGUGCAUGUCCUCCUUUAGAAUAAGAUUCCUGUAAUAACAGUAUUCCUCCAAUAACUCUGUACUUUAGCUGAAGAGAAUUUGACUGUAUAAUAAUAUGAUCACAGCAUGUUUUUUUGCCCUUGAGUGCUGGCUAAGUGUUCUCUCUCCAGUGGACCAGUCCUGAAUUACUCUGAAUGAAUAAUUACACAUUCCAGCUCAUUUCAAACUCAUUGAUUUAGCCAGCACUUUUCUCUGUGGUGGGUCUUUGGGUGGGGGUUUGGUAGGAGCUCCACAGGGGCGAGAGACUGUGAACAGGACAUACUGACCUGUUAUAUAAGAGCAGCAUGAUUGUGUUGUUGUCAUCUUGUGUGUGUUUGUGAGAGUGUGUAGAUGAUGGGCAGCAGGUAGCUUAAGAUCAGCUGAUCAAUACUAUGUUGAGGCAGGAUUAAAGCCCUCGGUCUUCUUGUCCAGACCUCAGUAUGAAUGACAGAUCGAUGCAAAGGUUUGUCUGAAGGACUGAUGUCUCUCUCCAAUGGAUCAAAUGUACUUGUGAUGUUUUCGAUCAAAGAUGAAGAUUCCCAAAACUGAGGAGACUAAGAAAUACAAGGAUGACUACAUCCCUUACCCCCGGAUUGAGGAUGUCCUGGAGAAGGGUGGUCCCUACCCUCAGGUCAUUUUACCUCAGUUUGGUGGAUAUUGGAUUGAGGAUCCCGAGGCUCCGGUCGGGACGCCCACGUCCUCAGACAGCAGCUUCUGUGAGGAGGAGGAGGAUGGUCUGAGUCCCGGUGGAGGAGGAGGAGUAGGAGGAGGCUACAGGCUGGAGUGUAACAGCAUCUCACGGGCUUAUCGCAAACACUUUCUGGGCAAGGAGCACAUGAACUAUUACUGCACAGGCAGUAGUAUGGGACACCUCAUCAUGUCUCUGCAGUAUGAGGAGGCAGAUGGACAGGAGUCACUCCGCAUCAUGCUCAGGUCAAAAACAAAGACCCUUCAUGAGCGAAUCCCACUUGAAGGCCUCCUCCAGCUACCCAGCGUACCACAGAUAGCCAAGCUGCUCUGCGAUGAUGUCACCGGUCUGAAGUUCAACCCCGUCCUCUACCCUAGGGCCUCACAAAUGAUCGUCAGUUUUGAUGAGCACGAAGUGAACAACACUUUCAAGUUUGGAGUCAUCUAUCAGAAGUUUGGUCAGACGACAGAGGAAAGGCUGUUCGGGAACAAUGAGGAGACGCCAGCCUUUAUUGAAUUCCUCAGUGUUUUAGGAGACAAUAUUGAACUGCAGGAUUUUAAAGGGUUCAGAGGCGGUCUGGAUGUGUCUCAUGGGCAGACUGGAUCUGAGUCUGUCUAUACCACGUUCCGUCAGAGAGAAAUCAUGUUUCACGUUUCCACAAAACUCCCCUUUACAGAAGGAGACAUUCAGCAGCUCCAGAGGAAGAGACAUAUUGGCAAUGACAUUGUCGCAGCCGUCUUCCAGGAAGAGCCCACACCAUUCGUUCCUGAUAUGAUCGCAUCCAACUUCCUUCAUGCCUACGUGUUAGUGCAGGCAGAAAACCCCUGCACUGAUCACACCACGUACAAGGUGUCCGUCACAGCCAGAGAAGAUGUCCCUCCGUUCGGCCCCCCUCUUCCAAACCCUGCGGUCUUUAAGAAGGGUCCCGAGUUCCGGGAAUUUCUCCUGACAAAAUUGAUCAACGCAGAAAAUGCAUGCUGCAAGUCAGACAAGUUCGCCAAGCUAGAGGAGAGGACACGGGCAGCACUGUUAGAUAACCUUCACGAUGAACUGCACAGACAGACACAGGCCACAGUAGGACUGGGAUCAACUACAGAUGAAGAAAAGCUAGAAAAUGGAGGUCAUGGAGGGCUGCUGGAGUCUUUUAAGAGGGCCAUGCGUGUGAGGAGCCACUCUAUGGAGACGAUGGUGACUCAUAAACACAAGAGUCCUGGAGUGGUGGCAGGGGUCCCGUCCAGUGUGAGCGGUGGAGGACUCCAGCAGAAUAACAUGGAGUGCACCAAGAGCACCUUCACUCCUCCAGCGCUGUCUGCAAAAUCUCCAUUAAAGAGUCCAGUAAAGCGGCGCUCUGGUCUGUUCCCCAGACUGCACUCCAGCACAGAAAGUCCAACUGAGAAACAUCCAUCUCGCAGUGACCAAAAAGCAGAAGUGUUACCUCACUCGCAGGAUGUGAGGUCAGAGACGUCAUCCAAUCCGAGUUCACCAGAGAUCUGCCCAAGCAAAGAAAGGCCAUUUGUGAAGCUGAAAGAGUGUAGUGGCAGAGCUAAUAUCUCCCGAUCCUCCUCCAGUACCAGCAGCUUCAGCAGCACAGCAGGGGAGGGAGACGGACUGGAGGAGCUGGAAAUGAGCAGUCACCCCUCCACGGCCUCAUCUGUGUACAGUCCAUCUCUCAGCGUGGAGAGCCAGACCUCUGGAACGCCGCUGAUCAUGUGCCGCAGUCCCACAGAUGGAAAGAACAAAACUUCACCAAGGUCAAACUUGAAAUUCCGCUUUGACAAACUGAGCCACUCCACUGGUCAUUAGGUCAGACAGAAGCCACUGCAUGGACAAAAGGCAGUGACUUUGAAUGGAUUUUUAUAGAUUGGAGGAAAAAGGGACCAUUUUCUCUUGCUAAUGCAACAGUUAUCACUCUCCAACAUAAUACACAACUGAACACUAUUGUAAGAACUGAUCCUACAAACACACAAAAAUGGUUCAGAGGACAGAAAUGAACACCAGUCUUAGUAGAAAAAG